AUGCCAAUGCGAUCAGUAGCGUCGAUCCUCAUUCGAUUCCGCCCACCUCAUGAUAUCAUACUGGACGUCGGGCUGGAUCUGGCCACAGAGUUCGAUGGCGGUCGCGACACUAGCCCGUUUUCUGAAUUCGGAGGGGAUGUGGAGGGAGGACCGCCAGUCCUCUCGUCUCCAUCCGCAAAUCCGACUCAACCGCACGCCCAAACUCUAAUGUUCGAGUGUCUGUGCGCACAGAUUGCAGCCCUACGAGACUCGAGCUCCAAAAUGACGAUGAGCCGCAUGCGUCCUCUAAAUACCUCCGCCGCUUCUCCCGCCCUCCGACCUCGAGAUCUCUUAUCUCUCCAUUCUUCACGCCCUCCAUUCUCCGCCGCCGACCGUUCUCAAGAGAGCCUUCCUCUGACGUCUGUUGCCCUCCGAACUCUGGCUUCCGCCAGCGAUCAACGCGCACAUUCUGAUCUGGUCGGGGCGGUGGCAAUGUAUAGCGGGGCCGUUGGACGGCCAGACUGGAACAUGGAACAUUGUGCCAUCCGACGGUCCUCGGUCGACGAACAAUUCCUUCGCACUCGCGCAGAUUUACAUUCGCGAUUUCUUCAUUUUGCAGUCCGUAUGUUUCGCGCGCCCGUCCGUCCGCCCGUCCGCCCGUCCGCCCGCACGCGCAUUCUCGCUCGUCCGACAGUCGUCCAUUCGCUAUUCGAGAAUCUUUUUCCGAACACAGCACACCUUUGGAAGCUGCACCUAGAUUUGGAACGCUCUAUACACGAGCCAUAA